UGAAAAUUCUGCCGCGUCGGUUGUGCUAAUUCGCACGAGCGGAGAAAACUUGGCUAACGGUUCUUCGCCGACGGCACAUAACGCGCAAACAAACUAUUAAUUUCACAAAAACACGGCUCAGUAACGCCCAUUCGAUGAGAUCGACGGAAAACUGAGAACUGAAAACCAAAUAUCGAGUGCUGAGUACGGAGAUUUUAGGCAAAGUGCGUGCAAUUAUUCAACGCAUGACAACCAAUUAAUUGGCAAAAGAGCGCGAGAGCAAACACAACCCGCGGCAACAAAUCGAGAGACCCCCAGAAAAUCUAUAACCAUCUGGGGAGCCGGUUAACGCCUGCCAGUGCAUCGGAAAAACAACAACAAGCAGAGCGGUGCAGCAACAACUUGACCGCUUUUCCAAGCGAUUUGGCGACGGCAGCUUGCUAAUCUCGCCCAGAAAACUCCGCUCACAAUCGCCAUCAAAAUAACGAUGAUUUAUGCAGCUGUUUCUUGCAGCUCGUGUGCAGCAUCCCACGGCGGUCGCAAAUAAUUGACAUCAGAGUGUUUGCUGACCAAACAUUUGAUAUGUAAACCGGGGGGUCGAGUAAACAAAGGUGUAAACAGCGAUAUUGCACCCACGACUCGACUCGGUUCGGGGCACAUAUUGACACUGACAACCCGGAACUCUGCGGUUCCGGAUGGAGACAACCUGCGGGUGCCGGAGCCCACGAGACGCACUGGGAUCAACUGGAGCGACGGCAUCGGCAAAGGCAUCGUUACUGGUAUCGUUGUUGGUAUCGCUAUUGGCACCGGCAUCGGCCAGCGGUUGCCAGGCCAAACAGCAGCCACCACAUCAACAACAUGGCCAUAAAGCAACAGCACCCAGCGAGCUGUAAUUCAUGGUUGCAACUACCCAACGAACUGCUGAUAUUGGUGGUGAACAAGGAUACACACCCAUCUCAAAAGUACCGCCAUGAAUGAGACAGAGUGCGAGGAUCUCAUCAAAUCUGUGAAAUGGACGGAACCAGCCAACCUGAUCUCCCUGGCCGUACUCGAGUUCAUCAACGUUCUGGUCAUCGGUGGCAACUGCCUCGUGAUUGCCGCCGUCUUCUGUUCGAAUAAGCUGCGCAGCGUCACCAACUUCUUCAUCGUCAACCUGGCCGUGGCCGACCUCCUUGUCGGCCUGGCGGUGCUGCCCUUCUCCGCCACCUGGGAGGUCUUCAAGGUGUGGAUAUUCGGCGAUCUGUGGUGCCGCAUCUGGCUGGCGGUGGACGUGUGGAUGUGCACGGCGUCGAUCCUGAACCUGUGUGCCAUAUCCCUGGACCGCUACGUGGCGGUCACGCGACCCGUCACCUACCCGAGCAUCAUGUCCACGAAGAAGGCCAAGUCCCUAAUCGCCGGCAUUUGGGUACUCUCAUUUUUUAUCUGCUUUCCGCCGCUAGUCGGCUGGAAGGAUCAAAAGGCGGUGAUACAGCCGACCUAUCCAAAGGGAAACCAUACGCUUUACUACACCACCACGAUGUCAAGCUCGGAGGAUGGUCAUCUAGGGUUAGGUAGCAUUAAGGAACAGGACGAGGACUCCUCGCAGCCGCCGCCUCCUCCUCACAUCGGCAAUGGCAAUGCCUACAAUCCCUACGAUCCCGAUUUCGCCCCCAUCGAUGGAUCUGCGGAGAUUCGCAUUGCGGCCAUUGGUUCAACGAGUACGACAAGUACCACAACCAUCUCGAGCACCACGGAACCGGAAAUGGAUCUUGAUCUGCUAAAUGCUCCACCGCAAAACAGGCCGCAAACCAUUUCCGGCAGCUGUCCGUGGAAAUGCGAGUUAACCAACGAUCGGGGAUAUGUCUUAUACUCCGCAUUGGGAUCCUUCUACAUUCCCAUGUUCGUGAUGCUCUUCUUCUACUGGCGAAUCUAUCGGGCCGCCGUUCGCACCACGAGGGCCAUCAACCAGGGCUUCAAGACCACCAAGGGUUCCAAGGGCAUCGGCUCGCGAUUCGAGGAGCAGCGUUUGACCCUUCGCAUCCACCGGGGAAGAGGCUCCAACCAGCAGGACUCGAUGCACAGCAACGGCAGCACCCAGAGCACCACCACCACCCUGGGAACACCCUCCCCUGAAAGGCUUUCCAAGUACGCCACACGAAGGUUGCACCACCACGACAAGAUCAAGAUCUCCGUUUCGUAUCCCUCUUCCGAAAAUAUCAGCGAGUUGGCAGGAGGGCACGGGGACUCUGGUCACGAGAGGCGUCCAUCGGGAAACGCCCUCUUUGCCGUUCACUACAAUGGAGCCAACGGGAGGGAGUCCACAGAAUCGCAGCUCUACAGGCAGCAGCAGCACAGCUCCUGUUACCUGCAGGUGGGCAAGGGUCUACCAGAGCUUUCCAGGCGGCAGAGCAACACCAGCGAAGCCGGAGGAUCCGGCCACUCUCGUCCUGCCAACAAGAAGAUGGGCAGAAGGAACAUCAAGGCGCAGGUGAAACGCUUCCGCAUGGAAACCAAGGCAGCCAAAACGCUGGCCAUCAUCGUGGGCAUGUUCAUCUUCUGCUGGUGUCCCUUCUUCACCAUGUACAUCAUCCGGCCAUUUUGCCAGGACUGCGUGGAUCCCCUGCUUUUCUCGGUGCUCUUUUGGCUCGGCUACUGCAAUUCGGCGGUGAAUCCGAUGAUCUAUGCGCUGUUCUCCAAGGACUUCCGCUUCGCCUUCAAGAGGAUCAUCUGCAGGUGCUUCUGUUCGCGGCAAUCCGUUUCGCUGAAGAGUUCCCGAAGAGGUUCGGAUAUGUCGGCCAUUAGGAUCAGGGCCAGGACGCCCAGCAUCACGCCCAGUGCGGCGGCCCACAGCUUCGGGGACGAGAGCGAGCUGCACCACUCGGAGAUGAGCAACGAUCCCAGGUGACGAUCAUUCGGGCCCAGCUCGAGCUCGCAGAGCAGCUUGGGCGGGUUGCGCAAGACGAGCUUGAAGGUGCCCGUCUACGAGAUCUGCCAUCCGCUGGUGAUGGAGACCGCUUGCUACUCGUACGUGGAGGCCACCAGCGAGGGCACCGCCUCCUGUUCCGUGGCAGGUGGAGGAGCUGGAGGUGGGGUGGGAGUAGGAGGAGGAGGAGGCGUUGGAGGAGGGGGAAAGCGGACGCAGUUGUAGCCGCGGGAGUUGAUGGCGCUGCGCGGAAUGGGAUCGGGGGCAAUUCCUUUACCAGGUCAGCGGCCGAGGAGAGUGGUUCGCAUCGAGUACAGUGAUGCCAAGGUAUAGAGUUCAGCGAAAAGGAUAACUACACUGAGGGAAAUUGAGUGAGGAGAAGGGAGGAGAAAUCCACAAAAAGUUAACAGAUUUGAAAAGCACAAAUUUAUUUGAAUUAGAAGGUUUUCAAGUUAUACAGUAAGUUCAGUAGGUUUUUUUUUAAUGAGUGAUUAGAGCGAAUGCCAAAUGAUUUUUUCAAACUAGCUAGAAAUUAAAAUAUUUUCUUCCACUCCGAUAUCUUAAUUUUUAAAGCGGUUAAAUAUUUUAAAAAUAUUUGAUUUUUCUAUCACAGCCUUUUUCAGUUUAAACUUUGUUAUUUGAAUAAUCAAUCAUAUUUAAAUGCUAUCCCUUAAGUUUAAAUCCAGUGCCAUUUUAAUUUAGAUAUCGUAAAUAAAUCGACCUUUUUUAUUUGUUCUUUUUCCUUGCCAGGUUUGAUAAAUAUCAUAAACUAUGUUCCCUAAACAACCUUUUCCUUAGUGUAGAACUCGUCCAUUAAAGCUGAGCCGACAGCGGCAGCCCAAAAAAAUCCUUUGAGAUGGUUUUAAGGAUUCGGUUUUGCAGACUUGGCCUUGCUUUGAGCAACAGCCUUUGGAAGCCAGCCAUUGUACGUUGUACAUUGUAUAUAGACAUCGGGCGACAGAGCCCACAUCGAUUUAAGAGAUACUCGUAUGUGUAUAUAUAGUAUAUAUAGUCUAGCUAGGAUAUCACUGGCACUUGAGAGUUUUACCUUUUGACUUCCGCAUGAAUAUCGAUUAUCUGGUUGUUACCCUAAGCAGAAACCAAAUUGUUGCUAAACGCAAAUAAAACGUUACCCAGUGCUAAACCAACUUAGUAACUAGUAAGGUGUUAAUGUUGUACUCUCGCCUCGAGGAGAUUAUUCUGAGAUAUAUAUCUGUGUCAUGCAUACAUGUUAAACGCAAUAAACGAACCCCUGCCUAUGAAUCCAAAGUACGCAUAUGGGCAUAUGCAUAUACUAUACCAAUAUACGAUCCUCAAGUUAAACGUUUUGUGUGCUACAAAUAAAGGAAGUUUCAUUUAUUCGGCAACUUAAA